AUGGAUGUGGAUACGCCAAUGACUCCAACGCCAACUGUGUGGUCGGCUACCAAUUUGACACGCACUGGGCCUUCCCCAACGCCCCGAGCUGCAGCUGCAACUAACCCUGCAACAGCACCUGCAACGACACCGGUAUCGGCACCAGCUCCUCGUGGUGGCACGCGACCACCUCCGACGCUAUCAUCACAGCCUUUAGAGCAGACCACAUCACACGCUACUUCAUCGCACUUCGAGGCGCGUCGCCGGUCGGCCACCUACCCUUCGAAGCCGCGCAACAAGACCUCAACCCUCAGCUCGUGCGGUACACCCGCGGAAUCAAUACGGCGUCGACAGCCUAGACCGCAACCACGUCGUUCCACGGGUCUGAGCAACGUUGUGGCAACGCUCCAACAGCUGCAGCGACUACUAGUCUAA